AUGCCAUGGCUCCAUGCAGGGGCGCCCUCUCUUUGGCCUCAGCUAUUCGGAGCGUGGCUUCUUCGGGGCUGCCCACAUGAAGCCGUGGCGUUCCCGGUGACCGAACCCGUGGAUUGGGUCAACGUGUUGUCGGGCGCGGCGGGCGGCGAGCGCAUCGGGCAGCACCACAGUGGGGGGAGCACGCUGCCGCUCGCUGCGCUGCCGUGGGGCUUCAACCACUGGGCGCCCCAGUCGAACAGCGACAAGACGAGCUGGUGGUUCGACGCCGACUCCGACACCUUCCGAGGCAUCCGCUGCACGCACCAGCCGUCGCCUUGGAUAGGUGACUACGGCUGGUUCCUCCUGCGGCCCUUCCAGGGCUCCCCGAAGGACGAGUGGGUGGGCUUCACCUCGUACCGCGCGGCAGGGGCGUUGCAGCCGCACUCGAUCGACAUCACCGCCGGGCCCUACGGGGUGCGCACCGAGCUGGUGCCCACGCAGCACGGCGCCGCUCUGCGGGUGACAUUCCCGGACGUCGUGCCGGCGGACAAGCGGCGCGUCUGCGUGCUGGUGCCGCGCGGGCUCGCGAGGGACGAGGACGAAGCGCGCGCCGCCGAGGCUUCCGACAGGCCCACCGGCUCCUGCAGCGCGCAGUUUGGCGAGAUCAGUUUGGUCUCGCGCAAGUUCGCACAAGGCGUGCCCCUGGGCUCCGACUUUGCGCUCUACGCCUGGCUCGAGGCGGAGGGGCUGAACGCGGAGGAGCGGGAGGAGACGGACUGGUGCUUCGAGCGGGAUGUACGCUACGUCAAAAAAGACGGAGCGCUCACCAUGAGGGGGCACCCGAAGAAGAAGGCGGGCAGCGCCCAGAAGUGCCAGGAGAGGUGUUUUCUCGCCCUGGGGUGCGAGAAGUUCUCUUAUCUGGACGACGGGAGCUGCUACCUGCUCAACGAGCCGAUGGUCCUGCAGAGGGCUGAGGGCGCCGUCUCCGGACCCGCCGACUGCGACGGGCAGGUGCAGCCGGUGGGCAGCCGGGAGUGCUGCUUCCUCGCCGGGGAGCGGACGCAGGUGGAGGUGCGGAUCGGCACCUCGCUCAUCUCGAAGAACAAAGGGCUUCGCCGCGUUCAUGCAGGAGGUGCACGGGCGGCCGUUCGAGGCCCUGGCGGCCGUGGCGAGGGACACCUGGAACUCUCAGCUGGCGCAGGUGGAGGUCGCUGA